AUGAUUGACGUGAAGGGCAAGAGUAAAGAAGAAACAGAAGAAGCAGAAGAAGAGGAAAGUUGGAUCAGUGUGGUGCACCCAGGACAAGAGAAACUAUAUGAGACCCGAAUUGAGAACCCUUCGAGCGAUGACUUUCUCACGGAAAUGCAAAAAUCAUGUAAUGUCAACCCUACAAUCGUGGAGCCCCUCGGCGGCGAUCACGACCAAUCCACAGCGACCGGCAUGGUGCCGGUGGCCGUAACGGACGGCUCUAUUGGGUAA